CCAUUUUUUACAAACCUCCCCCCGAGCUCGAGCUUAUUGGUGCUUCUGCCUUUGUGUCAUCGAAACACCAUCCGACAGUCUCCCAUUCUACAUAUCCAUCUCUCUCCUCCCCCGCAUCUCAUCCACUCCCCGCAUUUGCUGUUUCCGUCCAUAAUACAUUGCGGCACUAUGGCAUCACAAGCUCCGCCGUCGAUUCCACCCCGUCCCGCACGGGUUUCCGUGCCUGCUGCUGGCUCGUCGACGAAUACACCCGCCAUCCCGCCUCGCCCCGUACGUCCGGCGGCAGCGGCAGCCACAGCCGCCGCAGCUGGCUUGCCGACAGAAGCUUCCGAGAAUGGCCUUCCGUCGCCGUCGCCGUCGCCUGGUCCGACGGAACCGGAGCCUAAAACGAUAGGCUCCUCUACCGAGCUCUACGCUCCCGUCGCCGUCCAGCACCGUCCCGCACCGGUCCCCAAGACCGACAGUGAACGCAAUGCUGCUACAAUCACCGCCUCCGCCACGCCCAUCUCUUCCUCAAAAACCCCCUCCGAGCUCGAGGGAAUCCCUCAGAUCGGUCGUAGGGUCCCCAUGUACCCCAACGCCGGAGACGUCCAGGCUCCCACCCCUAGCGCUACGCCGAGCGGUGGAAAGAAGAAGCAUGUCUAUCGCGAGGAAUGGGAGAUGGAUGAGGGUGCCUACGGUUCUAAGAGGAGAGAAACGCCGUACAGCAUGAGCUCUGUGGAUCUCAAUGCGACAGUGGCUCACUCCUCAUCCCCGGGUGUUGGUGUGGUCGAAUCGGAGCAUGGAGUGCCCGACGAGGAGCUUGCCUAUCUCGCCAGUGACCACUACGCCAAAGUUCUUUCCCGGUCGCAGUCCCGAGUGCAGUCCCGAUCGCAGUCCCCGGUUCACACGCGGGAUUCGGCACGGGUUCCAUCGGCGGACGUCAUGGACCAUGGGCACACAACCGAUGACGAAGGCAACGUCAUCCAUGUCGAGGAUCCCGCCCAUGGCCCUGGCUACCUCCGUCGCGGCAACUCCGAGGCGGUUUCCCGCGCCCAGUCCCACCACGAAGAUGAGGACGAGGAACGCGACCACUACUCGAUCCUGGCUGAGGAUGAAGUCCUCAAGAGACAGGAUGGCCAGUACAUGCAGGCCGCUGUCUACACCCCUAGCUACACCCCCAGACACCCCCGGAGUAGGCCUGCCAGUUCGAUGGGUCAUGGCGACGUCGAAGGUGCUACUCUCGAGCUCAACACCAGGUAUAGGAGUGGCCUCGAGUCGAGGGAUUCCAUGCGUACGCCUUACGAGGAGCUCUCCCCCGCCGACGAGAAUGCUAAGCCGCUCUUCCCCGAUUCGGAUGAAGAGGCGGAGGAGGCCCUCAAGAGCCAGCUCGUCGAGAAGUUGAAGCGUCCCGGUAUGAGCGAACAGCGUUUCCCUUCCCGCGACGUCUGGGAGGAGGCGCCGGAACACGCACAGCUCGAGGCUACCGUUCAGAGCCCUCCUCCGGGAGAUGCGGAGCCGGUUGAGGACUUCGAUCAAGAGGAGAUGGCCCGCAGAAAGAGCUCAGAACCGAAACAGCAGUACGUCCGUGGUCAGCCCCACGAGCACUACGAGCCUGGAGACGAGCAGGAGUAUGAACGCAAGGAAAAGGAGGCCGCAAGGAAGGAUACCGAUUACCGUCUGGACCUGAAAGACCUGCCCGAGGAUGAGAGGCUCCGCCGUCUGCACAAGCACGUCGGCCAAGAAGACACGGCGCCCGAGAACUCGAGCAACAGGAGACGUGUGGAGAGGAAAAAGUUCCCCAGCAACGACAUCUGGGAAGACGUCCCUCCAUCGCUCGACCUCCAGGAGGAGAUCGAGCCCAGCCCGAUUCCGGACAAGGAGAGAGCCACCACGGGAAACAUCAGUGCUGUGGUAUCCGAUCCAUCAAACUCCGCCGCUCGUCCUACCACCAGCGCACCCAUCGAAGGCUCCGCCACUUCCACCAAGCCCAUCGUUCCCUCGAGACCCUCGGUGCCUGCCCGUCCCCAUCGCGAGAAGCGGCUCCCAGCCACAAUCCACGAGCAGCCCGAGCCCCCCGCGACCCAUUCCCCGACCGAAAAGAAGGCACCGCCGGGUAUCCCCGACAGGCCCAAGCCCAGCAUCCCCGCCCGUCCCAUCGGCAAGCUCACCGGCUUUGUCCGAGCCCAACCCGACGAAGCCCCCGAGCCAAAACCGAAGCCCCCGGUUCCUCCGCGCACCGGUGGGAAGAUCGCUGCGCUGAAGGCCGGCCUGGGCGAUCUGGAGUCGCGUCUUAAGCUCGGACCAGGCGCGCCGCCGAAGAAGGAGAAGAAGGAGGAUGAGGAGCCCCCUAAGGAAGAGCCCCUCACCGAUGUGAGGAAGUCGAGAGCUCGGGGACCGAGGGGAAGGAAGUUGCCCACCAAGGAGGAGAAGCCGGUUGUCGAUGAGCCGGCGGCAAAGGGUUGUGAGUUUGUGGGUGUUUGGACCGUUUUCACGCUGGAUCAGGAGUUGGACGCGGUGAUUGUUAAUCCCGUCUCGGAGGAGAAGGAGAAGGUGACGGAGAAGAUGGAGGAGAAGGAGAUAGAAGCUCCGGUCUCUGAAGCCGAUGCUCCCGCUGUGGAAAUGGACGACGAUCAUACACCUGCUACUGAAUCCGAGCCUGUCGAGAAGGAGGACAAGAAGGAGGACAAGAAUGAGGAGGAGAAGGUUGUUGCUCCUGCUGUUACAACCACUACUACCCUUCCCGGCGUCACCGGAACCGGAGAGCAAACCAUCGCAGAAGUGGAGCAUGCGUCUGGGUCGGCCAAAGAAGAAGAAGAAGCCGACAAGCCCACCGCUGCCUCGGAGGGAAACCCCACUCUGAUCCCUACCGGCGAGCACUCCGAGGACGCGGCCGCGCAGAGCAUGGCCGAGGUGGAACCCAAAGAGCCUACUCCUACCGAGCCUGAGCCCGUUCCCAAGAAGGAUACGCAGCUCGAUCCCGAGGCCGCUGCUGAAGAGGGUGUGGCCGAGAGGGUGGUUAAGGAGGGAUAGCCGGGUUUCUUGUCUUGAGCACUUGUGGGCUUUUACAAUUACGGAGUUUAGUUUUCUGUUCUACCCACCUAUUCGUUCUGUUGUGUUGAAGAUGCAAGUUCUCUCUCUCUGUGAGCCCUGUCUCAGUGCUGGGUGGCUGAUUUGUUGCACGCGUUGUUACCACUUUCGUUCGCUUUGUUUUCUGAACUGUACUGUCGUUCUCUGCUGUCGUGUGUGAAGCUUGCUUGCUGGCACUUGGGACUUGUGGGUGGAUGUUGAUGAUGGCGAUAGCUAUGGUCACGGAUAGCUACCUACCUACUUAGGUUCAUACAGUUGAGACGAUCGCCCAUACUUACUGCGGCGGCUGUGUACGUGAAGUAA